UGUAGAAACUGAUGGACGGAAUGGAUUUCACAUAGACGUCGCUAUGGGCCUCAUGCAGAUAAGUGUCACAGGAAAGUGCCUUCCGUAGCCGUGUCGCACUUCUCUCGUUGGUGAGAUUCCAGUUGGAGCGGCGAACCGGGUCGAGCUCUUGAAACACUCGUUCCACCGUCACUAUAAAAUACGGAAGAAGAAGGAAAGGGAGAGAGGGAGAGAGCUCUUCCCUCUAAGCUAGGGUUUUUGUUUCUUUAAUUGAUAAAAAAUAAAAAACCCCUAGCUUUUCCGAGCUGGAUUUCAACCAUCGAUGGACUCUCCUGGCUCGAAUCUGGUCGACAUCUACACUCGAUAUUGCGAGAUUAUAUCAAUAAAUGAACAUGCAAAAUCAAAAGAGGAAUUGGCUCUGCUUUCAAAGUUGGUUGACUCAAGAGGACAAUCAAGUGACAGGAGUGUGAUUUUUGACGACCUUUCCAAGCUCAUGUCACUCCUAAACUUGACUGUAGAUUCUCAUUCAUUCACAUGUUUCUAUGGGUUUGUGUUUUUCAUUUGCCGUGAAAAUGGGCAAAAGAACAUCGGUGUAAGAAGGGCUGUAGCUGUGUGGAGAUUAGUUUUGACAGGAAGGUUUCGACUUCUUAACCAAUGGUGUGAAUUCGUCGAGAAACAUCAUCGGCAUAAUAUUUCUGAGGACACUUGGCAACAACUUCUACCGUUUAGCAGAUGCAUACAUGAGGAUCUUGAAGGAUAUGACCCUAAAGGUGCUUGGCCUAUUCUCAUUGAUGAAUUUGUUGAGCAUAUGUACAGCUAUCGCUUAUUUUGAUAUUUUAGAUUUUAAAAGAGCUGGCUUAGAUUGGCUUUGAUAUACGGUUGCUGUGAGAUCAUCAUAGUUGGUAUUCAGAGAUAGAGCUGAUAGACAUGGCUUUCAUCUUGAAAUUAUCCUCCCUUGAAGUUUAUCCUCUGUCAUAGACUGCUAUUCAUUCAGAAGAUCUUCAUCAUUGCAGCUGCUGCUUGUUUUGAUAUAUUAGAUUUUCAAGAAUUUCGCAUAGAUUUUUUUUUAAUUUUUUUUUUACACACGCGCACACACCCCACACACUCACGCUAGUGGAAUUUCACCACCUAUGGGCACUCGAACCCUUGACCGGGAGUUGAAACUCCUGAGAGUCUACCACCCGAGCAUAGAUUGACUUUGACAUAACACUUAUUGUGAGAUUGUCAUGGUUGGUAUCAUAAAUCUAAAAUUUGCUGACUUGACUCAAAACUCAGUUUAGUCAACUUGACUCGAUGAGAUUUUGAGCCAGGUUCACUUGGAAAAUCAAUCUUGGGCCUGACCCGAUCGAGACUCAGGAAGACUCAUCAAGUCAAUUCGACGCAACUCGCCACAGCAAAAUCAGUCUUGGGAACUUAAGGUAUAAAACAUGGGGAAUUGAACCCACAACCUCUGGCAAAGGGGGAAGCAAGCUUAACUGGCAUGUCAACCAGUGGCUUGAUGACAAAAGUUCCAAUUUUAUAUUUACUUAUACUAAUUCCAAGGUCUGGCCCUUGAUAGAGUGAAAUGGCUGAACGGGAUUCAUGUAACCAACCCCAAUUAAUUGGGAUAGUGCUUAAAUGA